AUGGGAGUGAAACGGAACGGUGCUGGGGGAUGGGGACGGGAUGGAAACGUGGAGGUGUUCGACGUAAAUUUAAUUUACUCCCCGAACAUCGGACCGUACUAUGUGCGUAGUCCGAGUCGACGUAUAGAGGUAGAGUCAGACGCGAAAAGCGACGGGGCGGAGCCGCCCCGCCUUCGAGCUAAGCUCAUGGCAACUGUGUCCGCGUCAAAAGUGCUCCGGCCGCGGCGUGACGCGCGCGACUCUCGCCCGGUU